AGUUAAGCCAACCUUGCAUUCCUGGGAUAAAUCCCACUUGGUCAGGGUGUGUAGUCCUUUUUAUGUGUUGCUGGGUUUGGGUUGCUAUUUGUUGAGGAUUUUUGCGUAUGUAUUCACCAAAGAUAUUAGUCUAUUGUUUUGUUUUCUUGUAAUGUCUGUGUUUCAGAUCAGGUUAGUUAAUGCUAGCUUCAUAGAAUGAAUCGGGAAGCCGUACCUUUUCCUCUAUUUUCUCAUCUAUUUCUUUCUAAGGGGGAUAAUUUAUUGCCUUUUAGGGAGUGACUGGAGCAGUCUUCUUUUCUCUUCUUAAGGCUCAUGUUUUGCAGGGAUGUCUUAGGAUUAAUGCCCGGCAGCUCACAAUGUCAUCGGCUGUGUUCCUAGUCCGUUUGCUGGCAGGUGUGGCUCACGGUGGAGCAGGUGCCCAGAGUCUCUUUACCUGGUCACAUCUGGCACUCAUCUGCGAGCAGUCCCCCGAGCUUCCCGGCAGGGACCGGGGGCUGGGUCUGCUCACCCGGAAGCUGGGAUGCUUGGCUGAAAGCACUCUUCUCUCCCUCCUCUCUUUGGACAGAGUAGCCACGAACCAGAAGGUUCGCGAACAAGUGCGGCUGGAGCUGAGCUUUGUCAACUCGGACCUGCAGAUGCUCAAGGAAGAGCUGGAGGGGCUGAACAUCUCGGUGGGAGUCUAUCAGAGCACAGAGGAGGCGUUUACAAUCCCCCUGAUUCCUCUUGGCCUGAAGGAAACAAAGGAUGUCGACUUUUCAGUCGUCCUUAAGGAUUUCAUCCUGGAGCAUUACAGUGAGGACAGCUGUUUAUACGAGGACGAAAUCGCGGAUCUUAUGGACCUGAGACAGGCCUGUCGCACGCCCAGCAGGGACGAGGCCGGGGUGGAGCUGCUCAUGACCUACUUCCUUCAGCUGGGCUUCGUGGAGAGUCGCUUCUUCCCGCCCACGCGGCAGAUGGGGCUCCUGUUUACCUGGUACGACUCCCUCACCGGGGUCCCGGUGAGCCAGCAGAACCUGCUCCUGGAGAAGGCCAGCGUGCUGUUCAACGUCGCCGCCCUGUACACCCAGGUCGGGACGCGGUGCAACCGGCAGACACAGGCUGGGCUGGAGAGCGCGGUGGACGCCUUCCAGAGAGCCGCGGGGGUUCUGAACUACCUGAGGGAGACGUUCACGCACACGCCCAGCUACGACAUGAGCCCCGCCAUGCUCAGCGUGCUGGGCAGGAUGAUGCUGGCGCAGGCGCAGGAGAGCGUGUUGGAGAGGAUCUGCCUUCCCGGCAUCCGGAACGAGUUCUUCGUGCUGGUGAAGGUGGCCCAGGAGGCCGCCAAGGUGGCAGAGGUCUGCCAGCAGCUGCACGCGGCCAUGAGCCAGGCGCCGGUCAGGGAGAACGUGCCCUACUCCUGGGCCAGCCUGGCCUGCGUGAAGGCCCACCACUACGCCGCCCUGGCCCACUACUUCUCCGCCACCCUCCUCAUCGACCACCAGCUGAAGCCGGGCGCGGACGAGGACCACCAGGAGAAGUGCCUGUCGCAGCUGUACGAGCACAUGCCGGAGGGGCUGGCGGCCCUGGCCACGCUGAAGGACGGGCAGCAGCGCCGACAGCUGGGGAGGUCGCACCUGCGCAGAGCCCUGGCCCACCACGAGGAGUCUGUGCGGGAGGCCAGCCUGUGCAAGAAGCUGCGCAACAUCGAGGUGCUCCAGGAGGUGCUCUCCGCCGCGCAGGAGCGCUCCCGGCUCAAGUACUCGCAGCACCAGGCCGACGAUGACCUCCUGAACCUGAUCCAGGCUCCCGACAUCGUUCCUAAAACUGAGCAGGAGGCUGAAAUCACACCGCCCCAGUUCUCCAAGUUGGCGGUAACGGACUUCUUUCAGAAGCUGGGCCCCUUGUCUGUGUUUUCGGCCAACAAGAGGUGGACUCCUCCUCGAAGCGUUCACUUCACCGCAGAAGAAGGGGACUUGGGGUUCACGUUGAGAGGCAACACCCCGGUUCAGGUCCACUGCCUGGAUCCGUACUGCUCGGCCGGGCUGGCAGGAGCCAAGGAGGGAGAUUACAUUGUUUCCAUUCAAGGCGUGGACUGCAAGUGGCUGACAGUGGGUGAGGUUAUGAAACUGCUGAAGAGCUUUGGCGAGGACGAGAUCGAGAUGAAGGUUGUGAGCCUCCUGGACUCCACGUCAUCCAUGCAUAAUAAGUGUGCCACGUACUCCGUGGGGAUGCAGAAAACGUACUCCAUGAUCUGCUUAGCCAUUGAGGACGACGAUAAAAGUGAUAAGACCAAGAAAAUCUCGAAGAAGCUGUCCUUCCUGAGCUGGGGCACCAGCAAGAACAGGCAGAAGUCGGCCAGCACCCUGUGCCUCCCUUCCGUUGGGGUCUCGAGGCCUCAGAUCAAGAAGAAGCUCCCCUCUCCUCUCAGCCUUCUCAACUCCGAGAGUUCUCUGUACUGACUCGAGGAAACAAAAAACGCUCGGGCCCCUGGACGUUGAGGGUGCUGGCGAGGCCUUCACGAUUUGUGCCAUGGUGGAAAAUACCUAAAUGUUUUCAGAUCUCAUUGUUCACGUGGUAUAGAUUUGCAUUUCAUGUGUUUUUAUGAAAGUAACAAGAAACCUCUGGAAAUCUGUGAACCACAAACUUCUUUGAGGGGUGUCACUAUAUUGCUGCAAAAAAGUUAUUUAUUAUAUAAAGUCUUGUAAAUAGUGUUGAAGAUAUGGCUGUUUUUAGUGGUUAGGACUGUUUGUGAUAGUUUCCAGGUUUGGGUAAUAAUCAUUCCUUAAUCUAGAAUUCAGAUGCCCCCUGAAUUAAGGGGGUUCAGAGGGCUGUCAUGGUAGAGCUAAAUUAGUGUUACUAAAAACUGUUCCAAAGAGCUGCUUUUCCUAAUAGGAAGGAAUUAUUUAACCUAAAACAACAAGAUUUUACUAUUAAUAUCUACAUAAUAUGAAUGUUAUUUCUAGAUAAAGUCUAGUGCCAAAUUUGUCUUGAUUUAUUAAAUAAAAGCAAUUUAGGAGCAGCUUUUCUUCUAGUUUGAUGUCAUGUAAAAGUUGCUAACACAGUGGCAGUGUUAGAUGAAGAUGCUAUCUACAAGGUAGAUAAUAUACUGUUUGAUACUCAAAACAUUUUUCAUGUUGUUGAAAGUAGAAGGUACAUAAUUGUAUAUUAUAAGUCUUGGGUAAAAAAAGGAGUUUUAUGUCUUAUAAGGUGAAAAUGUAAAUGAUUCCAUUUCAAAGCUCUAUUUGACUUUUUUAAGUGACAUUCUUACCAAUUGAUUUCUCUUGCUAUAGGUUGGAUGAUACUGUGACUCUAAUAAGAUUCACAGUUGACAUAGUACAAGUUACAUACAUAGCUGGAAAUAUAUAGCAUUGAAAUCUGAUUUUGAGAAUCAUUAAGAAUUUAAUCAUUUUCUGUUGUGCAAUAUCUUGAGGGAAACAACCAUCUUUGGGAAAGUGUAUCCAGUGCUCUUAGGGUCAUGUUUGUAUAAAUAUUUAAAUAAACAUUCACACACCUGAA